CUGCUUGCCGAGCUGCCUUAACUCAACUUAACAGGCAACAAAGGAAGAGGCCGGGAGCUCCUCAAGUGUGCUAACCUAGUCAGUCAGAAAGAAAGGUGUCACUUUAUUGUGUCGUAUUCCAGAUUAUAUCAUCGCACCUUUUUUUCCUAAAAUGUACCAAGCCCUGGACAUGUAUACGCUGAUCUUUUGCUGCGGAUUGGCAAGCAGAAUAACUGCAAGCAUCAAAUGAAAGGUGCUGGAUGUGGAAAUUGACCCAUUCAAUCAAGUCGAGUCACAUUUUCUCUGCGCAUAAUGAGUUUGUGGGCUCCGCUGUAUGCAUGACUUAUGUGCAACCUGAUGGGAGGAUACUGUGGCUAGUUCUUUCAUCAGGAUACGAGGAGAGACAUCUCAUGCCCCCCACCUUGGCGGAGGGCCAGUCAGAAUGAAGAAGAUCAGCCUUAAGACCAUUCGGAAGUCGCUGAGCAUAAAGGGCAAAGAGGACGGCGACUUUGUCAUGCUCCAGCAGGCUCCAGUGGCCACAGAGUUCUCCAAGGACGAGUCACUUUUCGGAGGCUGCUACACCAAAGACCUUUCCGUGUGCGACCUGGGUGGCGAGGAAGACAAAGGUGGGCAGAAUAAGAGCCGGUCAAAGAGCGAAGGCCUGAUGGGAUCGCUUAAGAGAAGGCUGUCGGCCAAGCAAAAGGCGAAGAGCAAAGCGGGGUCCUCUGCCAUCGGGUCGACGGAUGACGAGGACACCUUCUCCUCCUCUUCGGCGCCCAUCGGCUUCAACGAGGUUAAGGCCCAGCGACCUCUAAGGUCCGCGUCGCUCCGGAGUCACCACUACAGCCCUUCGCCUUGGCCUCUGCGGCUGGUCAACUCAGAUGACGCUUGCAUUAAGAUGGAGGUCAAAGUGAAAGCCAUGGUCCACUCUCCCAGCCCCAGCCCCAACUUGAACGGCAUCCGAAAGGAAUUCAGCGAUUUUCAGAUGAAUGGGCUCUUUCAGGACCAACCCGAAUCCUUCAAAAACCUCCAGCAGCCGCAAAACGGCGAGCUGCAUUUAAAUAUUGACGAUAGUGACGUGCCUGUGGUGCUGGGGUUGACGCCCCAAGACUACAUUCAGUACACGAUGCCUUUAGAUGAGGGAAUGUACCCCGAAGGGUCCCACUCCUUCUGCCUGGACAGCGCGUCUCCCAUGGAGGUGGCGGCAGAGGCGGACAACCGGUCCCCGCUGAUGGAUCCGGGACAGGAGGAGCACCAAAUGGUUGGCGGCUUGCCUCCAGAUCUCUUCAUGGAGACUUCCAUGAAUAGUCUUCUGAUGGCUUCCGCCGGCGUCCUGCUCCAAAAUUCCAGAGGCGAGGGCCCACCUCCCCUCUCUCCUCUCCUGCCUCCCAUGAGCAGCAACACUCGCUUUCCCAGGACGUUCUCCAGCUUUGGCUCCUCAGACAGCCAUGUCACCGAUCGAGUCCGGCAUCACCUUAACUUCGAUCCCAAUUCGGCUCCCGGAGUGAGUCGGGUGUACGACUCGGUCCAAAGCAGCGGGCCCAUAGUGGUGACCAGCCUGACGGAGGAGCUGAAGAAGCUGGCUAGGCAGGGCUGGUACUGGGGCCCCAUCACACGCUGGGAGGCGGAGGAGAAACUGGUCAACCUGGCCGACGGCUCCUUUCUGGUCCGAGACAGCUCGGACGACAGGUACCUGCUUAGCCUGAGCUUCAGGUCGCAGAGCAAAACUCUCCACACCCGCAUCGAACACUCCAACGGGCGCUUCAGCUUUUAUGAGCAGCCCGACGUGGAAGGACACACGUCCAUCGUGGACCUCAUCGAGCACUCCAUCAAAGACUCUGAGAAUGGCGCUUUUUGUUAUUCCAGGUCCCGCUUACCGGGCUCUGCGACCUACCCGGUCAGACUCACCAACCCCGUUUCUCGCUUUAUGCAAGUGCGCUCCCUGCAGUACCUUUGUCGCUUUGUCAUUCGACAAUACACCAGGAUAGACCUCAUCCAGAAACUGCCCUUACCUAACAAGAUGAAAGAUUACCUACAGGAGAAGCACUACUGACACACACAUACACACACACGCACACACACACACACACACACACACACACGAACACACGCCACGGGAGUCUUUUGCACUUUUUAUGUUCAGUCAAGGUCUACGCCAGUGGUUCCCAAAGUGGGCGGUACCGCCCCCCUGGGGGCGGUGGAAAGAUCUGGGGGGGCGGUGAGGAAGAAAGGGGCGGUAGGGGGGCGGCAGUCCGAAGUCAGAAGUUUGAACGUUUGUUUGACGAUUUGUACACAACACGUGCAGCAGGACGAGUCUCUGACUGCUAUCAAGUGCUGUGGAACAAGGUCAAGAUGUACUUUAUUGCCUUCCCAACAUCAUUUUUAGUAGAACGGGGCUUCAGUGCAGUCGCCUUGCUUCUUUCCAAGCAAAGAAACCGACUGAAAAUUACUGACCGCGGGGAUCUACGACUUCUUCUUAGUGAGUUCCAGCCGGAUGUUGAGAAGCUUAUGUCCCUGCACCAAGCAAUGAAGGUUACUGGUGGAAUGUUUAUUUACCAUUCUAUGUUGCUGAAACAGUUAAAACUGCUAGAAAAAUAAAUUGGUUUACUAAAUUGGGUUUUAUUUGUGAAAUACACAUUUGUGUUUAACCUUUCUCUUUUCAAAUUGCAGCAUACCAAAUAUCAAGAAAGAGGUGUUUGUUUCCAUAUGUGUCUGAGGGGGGAGGGGGCGCUAGGAAUUCACUGGGGAGCCAAGGGGGCGCCAGCCUGCAAAAGUUUGGGAACCAUUGGUCUACGCUAAUCCAUCCAGAUGAGCGCUGGAGGUCAACCACACACAAAGCAGUUAUCCCACUUGCGCAAUCAAACCCAAAAUUCAAAAUGAAAGGCUACUAGUACAUUGCUAUCAAAUGACCAUUUUUGGGCCUUCAAAAAAAAAACUGCAAAUCCUCUUAAGCCAGGGGUGAGCAAUUCCAGUCCUCGAGGGCCGGUGUCCUGCAUGUUUUCUAUGUCACCCUGUUGCAACACACCUGAUUCAAAUGGUCAGAUAAUUAGCAAGGUCUGCAGAAGCUGGAUAACAAUCCUGAUUAUUUGAAUCAGGUGUGUUGCAGCAGGGAGACCUAUAAAACAUGCAGGACCCUCGAGGACCGGAAUUGCCCACCCCUGUCUUAAGCUGAGUUCAUCGCAGUACACAUUUGGUGGAACCUGAGAAAGCACAAAGCGAACACGACUAGACUCAAGUGAUUCGACAAUUAAUUCCAAAAACAAAUGCCAUGUGAAUAUGAAAUCAUAUUUUUUUUAUGUAUAAAAUUUUGUGCGUGACGUGCAAGUAGCCACGGUUUACGGCUGCCCAAAAUUGCGACAUUAGGAAUAGUUUGGUCAUGAGCAUGGAGCUUUAAAUGGCUAUGUAGAGCCAUCCGAUAUUAUGCAAGUCUCACGGUACUGAUGAUGCUGGAUCUUUUUUUUUUCAUGUUGUGCCGUUGUGCAGCAUUGCGUUAAUCUUGUGCUCUACAAAUAAGAUGGACCUAUUAUGCUUAUUAAUGAUUUGAGAUACAAUGUUUGUAACAAUAUGAAGGGAUAUCAACUUCGAAUAUUUUUUGCAUCGAUAUUCCAUCAAAUAAUCGGAUACAAUUUUAUUUGCAUUAAUGUAUUAAUUUUCUUUCCCCCCGAAUACAGUUUAUUUACCAAGUAUGUGUUUAUUUGGGAUUAUUUAGUGAUUAAAGGAAUCAGAAUAUUUGGACAAUCCUUAAUGUCUUUAAACGAUUACUAGAUUCUUAAAAUACAAGGCGAUUUAUCGGUUUGUUGCCGAUUAACCGAUUCAUUUUCACACCGCUACAUGUAUGCUAAAUUAGUGUUUCUAUUCUUACUUUUCUUGACCAUUUUGGUUGUUAAAAAUCGAGUUGAGCAUAAUAGGUCCCUUUUUUAAAAUAUUUUUUGUGUCAGAAAUAGUAGACAGCAACUUGAGUGAAGAACUUUGCUGCUCUUUGGUUAUUUGCAUGUCGCAAAGGCUUCAACGGUUGACCUCAACAAUAAAAAGAUGUUACAUGAACCCAAUAAAACCUUGCUGCGGUUUAUAAAUUGUCCUCUAGAACCCUAAAAGCAGACCUGUCGUCACUUGCCCCGAAUCUGUACGUGAUGUCUCGGCUCAAAUACAGAAAAAUGGAAAAGCACAGACUUCAUUACGCAAGUGCUUUGAGACGGAUUCCCAGAGAGGGAAUUCUGAUGAUGUGACUUUUGACGUUAUUGUUCGACGAUAAUACGGCUUUGGUUUUUAUGUAGCUGGAAACGUUCAAUGUCGGAGAAAUUAGGACCUCGGUGUAAUGGUGUUGCAUGUUAAAGGUCGGAGUCGGACCAGGGAUGUUUGCUUUCUAUCAAACACGAGUCGGAUGUUGUUUUGUAGUUUUAUUUUUGCCAUCUUGGGGGAAUUAUGCUACACAAAAAGGAAUGUGCGCUCAUUUGGAGUAAAAUUAACAAACUAGUACAUUGAAGAAUUCUUUUGCACUUGGAUAUUUUUUUUGUUGUUGUUACAGUCUGCCAAGAAUCGUUUGUAUGCGUUUGCUUCACUAGAUUCUGUUUUUAGUUUGGUGUCAUGUGCGGAACAUGAAAGCAACGACAUUCUGUCCAGAUAGGCUGAUCAUGACUGUGGAUGUAUUUUCUUUUAUUGAAAUGUGAACGACAGAUGCUUUUGAUACAGUGUUUGUUUCUGUUUUUGAUUUACAAUUUAUUGAUGAGCGGGAAGUGUUCUUACUAUGCCCCCCCCCCUCCCAAA